AUGACGGCAGUCGUUGCCAAAAGCACGUCUCCUGACAUUGGAGACACGGAUGGUGGUGUACGGAUCAGCUUCUUGGACUACGUUCAGCAGAAUUCUGCCGCCGCUGAUGCAAACGCGGUCAGCUCCAAGAAGGUGUUGUUCACUUCCAUGAAGACGGCCAACAGACCCCUCGACCCCACCACAUCCCCCUUCGACCCCCAGCUUGGAGAUGGAGAUGUUGAUGUUCGCCGUCCCGUUGGCAAGCUCCCUGGCUCGCAGUCAGUCCCGAACAUCCUGGGAAGCCUCCAAAACCAGAACACUUACCCGCAAGCCCAGAAUGUGGCUUUUGAUGCCCAGUCAACCUAUGAUGACUCCAACAGCCUGUUCUCUACGGUGAGCCAGCAGCUCGCCGCUCCGGUUACUUACAAUGUUCCAGAUGGCCCUCUUUACAACCCAACUGCCCAGGCCGGUAUUUCUGGAUUGUACCAGCAGGGCCAGCUCUCUCAGCAGGCUGAACUUCCCCAGCAGGCUCAACUCCCUCAGCAGGCUCAACUCCCCCAGCAGGUUCAACUCCCCCAGCAGCUUCAACUCCCCCAGCAGCUUCAGCAAGAUCAUGCUCCUAUGGUUAAUCAACUGUACAACCCGGGACAGUACGACAAGUCCGGCAUGCCACAGAUGAGCGUGGCCCCUAUCAAUCACCAGCUGGUUCAGCCACAGAUGGCACUUCGUCCGACCGUCGAACAUGUCCCUGAGCAUGUUCGGUCCCAGCGCUCGCACGCCUUGAACAAGCUGACCUCUGGUCCGACUGGUCGCCCUUCAGCAGCCGAGGCGCUCGACAGCAACAACUUUCCAUUUGUCGAGACUGCUCGUGUUGUUGCUCCCGAUGCUUGCACUAACGGCGUGGUGAAGCUCAAGAACAUCCCCUUCGCCACCCGUCGAGUAGAGAUCAUUGCAUUUCUAGGACGCAACUCCAAGAUUCUCAAUGAUAACCUAGAACCCGUGCACAUCAUCAUGGAGCGCGUUACUAGCAAAACCAUGGAUGCAUAUGUCGAGUUCGUCACUCUCCAGGAUGCCAUCAAAGCCGUUGAUAAGCAUCAGGCCACCAUCACGCGUGGUCGUCUCAGCCGCUUGGGAGACCGUCCCAUCGAGGUUGAGUUGUCGUCGCAGGGCGCCUUGAUGAAGGAUUUGUUUCCCUCCGCCAAGGGCGUUUUCUGGGAGGGCAUCCGCCCUACCAUCAAGCCUUUCAAGCCCAACGAGCCCUGGGAGAACUUUAAAGGUUUUGUCAACGAUGAAGAGAUGACCAUGCUGGUGAAGCAUGUCGAGGUUCCGCAGCGUUCGCCCUUCUCCCGCGACUGCCCGCAGCGACCCUACGAAUGCAUGAUCAGUACGAUACGAAAGCUGCCCUGGCCCAUGACGGAGCUGAUCACGCUGCGCCAGCGCCACGCCAUCUACAACGCCUGCUUUUCGCUGAUCCGCCUGCUGAGCUCCGCAAUCGCCCACGGCCGCCACGAGGAGAUACUCAACGAGCCGCUGCGCAAGCGACUCGUACACGCCGCCAUGACCUGUCCGGGUUUCACCGUAGUGCAAAAGGACAACAUCGCCACCAUCGUUGACAUGUCCGAGUCCAGGAGGCUCGAGUACGGCCUGCCGCGCUUCGCCAGCUCGUGGCUCCAUCUGUAUGCGCUGUCGCCCAAGGCCAACUUUCCGCUGGACAUGAUCGAGUAUUACAUCGCCAUCAUCCGCGAGGAGACGACGCGCCUCGUCAACUCCCUCCCGCUCAAGGAGCGUACGCUGGUCACGAGCUACGGCCGCGACACGGAUCUCUACUUUGGCUACCUUUGGUGGGAGUUGCAGCUGCCGCGCGACGACCGCUUCGACAGCAUGACGCUGGCCGAGGCUGCCGCGCUCGAGUACGCCGUCAUGGAGCGAAUCAUCUACCGCGCUUUCGGCGCCGGCGGUUCCAACGCUGCUCCUGCCAUCACUUACUAAAUCUCUUGGUUUCUCUUGUCUUUUUUUCUCCUCUC